AUGGAGCUUAAAGAUAAAACAAAAUUUCAUAAUUACUUCAGAAUGGAUUCGAUUAUAUUGAAAAAAUUACUCGAAUUAAUUGGUCCAUUAAUUACUAGACAAUCAGUCGUUCGCGAAUCAAUUUCUUCUGAAAUGCAUUUAUACAUCACGCUUCGCUAUUUAACUUCGGGAGAUAGCAUGACAUCAAUUUCAUAUGCCUUUAAAAUCUCAGCUUGUACAAUUUCUUGUAUUAUUCCUGAAACUUGUCGUGUUUUAUAUGAGAUUCUUCGAAGACAUUAUUUACAGACAUGGAAUGUUCCAAACCGUAUUGCUUCUAUAGAUGGAAAAUACUCAAUUACGUAAUUUAAAAAUAAUAAAUGCAAAACCUAGCAGAAA